AUGUGCGCUACUGCUAUGUUGUUGCUCUCCCUAUCAUCAUCAUCAUCGGCCUUUCAUUCAUCACGUCGGGAACCGUUUGCUAUGCUUUAUCGGAGGGAUGUACGAGACACCAGUACUGACUUCUACAGAGAAAGCACCAGCAGUCAUCCUAGACAAGCGCCAACAACUAGCCGCCUGCAAUAUAGCGACGGCAAUGAAGAAGAUUCAUCAUCAACAAGAGAACCCGUUUGGUGGAAUGGAUUGUUCACUCCACAAUCUGAUACUAUCAACGAGCAAGACUCCGUUGACAAAUACUUGGAAUUCCUUCACAAGAGAUAUGAUCGUUUGCACGAAGAGAAGGAGGAAGAGAAUCCAUUGUCUGCCAUGAACUGGCUAUUACAAGGCUCACCAAAAGGAGAAGUUCUGGCUUCGAAGCAGCAAAAGGAGGAUGCCCUGUAUGUCCUUGGUGUUGCAGGGUUAGCCAGCCAAAAGCUUCUUCAAAAACAUCCCCAACUCGUGGAUGCAAAACAAGACUCAGACAUUAGAGUCAUGAGUCGACCUCCAGCACCGAUCGAAGCUCUUGAUACUAUUGUGACAUCCGCUGAGGAUGUCACGUUUGGGCACCUGGUGAUAAAACGAGUAUUGGUUCCUUUUGUAAAGGUCCUGUACUUUGUUCAUCGCCAAAAGCAACUUUUUCUUGACGUGCAACUAAGCCGUGCCAAAGGGCAUGCAACCAACCUGACUAAAAAGGUUGUUCGAAGUUUGAUCUAUGCACCUGUGAGGAUCACUAAAUCGAUAAUCGACUUUGGCGGAGGCAGAGCCAGUAUUGGUUCAACGCUGGCACUUGCAUCUGCAAUGUUUGUUUUGUUGCGUCCUCUACUGCAAGGGCUACUGUCGGAAGGAACUGUUUAA